CAUCUGUGGGACACUUCACUCUGUUGAUCAGGUAAGAGUAGAAGACGACCCAAACCGUUAGCGUUCGUCCGUUUUUUAAAAAUGGGCUCUUAAGUUGUUGUGCUUGCUCUUGUCUUACAGUACCUGAACAUUAAACUGACAGACAUCAGCGUCACGGAUCCAGAGAAGUAUCCACAUAUGGUGAGUUGUGCUGUCCAUACAUCGGACAAUCUAGAGCUGGUUUCCCAGACAUACUGUAUUUAGCCCUAUUUACAGUGCAUUCGGAAAGUAUUCAGACCCCUUGACUUUUUCCACAUUUUGUUACGUUACAGCCUUAUUCUAAAAUUGAUAAAAUUUUGUUUUUUCUUUAUCAAUCUACACAACAUUUUACAUUUUAGUCAUUUAGCAGACGCUCUUAUCCAGAGCGACUUACAGUUAGUGAGUGCAUACAUUUUUCAUACUGGCCCCCCGUGGGAAUCGAACCCACAACCCUGGCGUUGCAAGCGCCAUGCUCUACCAACUGAGCUACAGGGGACCCCAUAAUGACAAAGCAAAAACAGGUUUUUAGAUUUUUUGCAAAUGUAUUCAAAAAUAAAAACGGAAAAACAUUUACAUAAAUAUUCAGACCUUCACUCAGUACUUUGUUGAAGCACCUUUGGCAGCCAUUACAGCCUCGAGUCUUCUUGGGUAUGACGCUACAAGCUUGACACACCUGUAUUUGGGGAGUUUCUCCCAUUCUUCUCUGCAGAUCCUCCCAAGCUCUGUCAGGUUGGAUGGGGAGCGUCGCUGCACAGCUUUUUUCAGGUCUCUCCAGAGAUGUUUGAUCAGGUUCAAGUCCAGGCUCUGGCUGGGCCACUAAAGGACAUUCAGAGACUUGUCCCGAAGCCACUCCUGUGUUGUCUUGGCUGUGUGCUUAGGGUCGUUGUCCUGUUGGAAGGUGAACUUCUCCCCAGUCUGAGGUCCUGAGCGCUCUGGGUCAGGUUUUCAUCAAGGAUCUCUCUGUACUUUGCUCCGCUCAUCUUUCCCUCGAUCCUAACUAGUCUCCCAGUCCCUGCCGCUUGAAAAACGUCCCCACAGCAUGAUGCUGCCACCACCAUGCUUCACCGUAGGGAUGGUGCCAGGUUUCCUCCAGACGUGACGCUUGGCAUUCAGUCCAAAUAGUUCAAUCUUGUUCAUCAGACCAGAGAAUCUUGUUUCUCACGGUCUGAGAGUCCUGUAGGUGCCUUUUGGGAAACUCCAAGCGGGCUGUCAUGUGCCUUUCACUGAAGAGUGGCUUCCGUCUGGCCACUCUACCAUAAAGGCCUGAUUGGUGGAGUGCUGCAGAGAUUGUCCUUCUGGAAGGUUCUCCCAUCUCCACAGAGGAACCAUCAGGUUCUUGGUCACCUCCCUGACCAAGGCCCUUCUCCCCCGAUUGCUCAGUUUGGCCGGACGGCCAGCUCUAGGAAGAGUCUUGGUGGUUCCGAACUUCCAUUUUAAGAAUGAUGGAGGCCACUGUGUUCUUGGGGACCUUCAAUGCUGCAGACAUUUUUUGGUACCCUUCCCCAGAUCUGUGCCUCGACACAAUCCUGUCUCUGAGCUCUACGGACAAUUCCUUCGACUUCAUGGCUUGGUUUUUGCUCUGACUUGGUAUUUUCAAUUUUUUUUAAAUUAGCAAAAAAAUGUAGCCUGUUUUUGCUUUGUCAUUAUGGGGUAUUGUGUGUAGAUUGAUGAGGAACAUUUUUAAUUUAAUCAAUUUUGCUACGGGGCGGUAGUCAUUUAUGGAAGGUUACCUUCGCAUUCUUGGGCACAGGGACUAUGGUGGUCUGCUUGAAAUGUGGGUUUUACAGACUCAGACUACAGACUGGGUCAGUCCAGUACUACACUUAAUCUGUGUCUGGGGAAACCAAUUCCUUCCUUCACAACCCCGUCUCAGAAGGCCAAUGCCUUCCUUCACAACCCCGUCUCAGAAGGCCAAUGCCUUCCUUCACAACCCCGUCUCAGAAGGCCAAUGCCUUCCUUCACAACCCCGUCUCAGAAGGCCAAUGCCUUCCUUCACAACCCCGUCUCAGAAGGCCAAUGCCUUCCUUCACAACCCCGUCUCAGAAGGCCAAUGCCUUCCUUCACAACCCCGUCUCAGAAGGCCAAUGCCUUCCUUCACAACCCCGUCUCAGAAGGCCAAUGCCUUCCUUCACAACCCCGUCUCAGAAGGCCAAUGCCUUCCUUCACAACCCCCGUCUCAGAAGGCCAAUGCCUUCCUUCACAAUCCCGUCUCAGAAGGCCAAUGCCUUCCUUCACAACCCCGUCUCAGAAGGCCAAUGCCUUCCUUCACAACCCCGUCUCAGAAGGCCAAUGCCUUCCUUCACAACCCCGUCUCAGAAGGCCAAUGCCUUCCUUCACAACCCCGUCUCAGAAGGCCAAUGCCUUCCUUCACAACCCCGUCUCAGAAGGCCAAUGCCUUCCUUCACAACCCCGUCUCAGAAGGCCAAUGCCUUCCUUCACACCCCGUCUCAGAAGGCCAAUGCCUUCCUUCACACCCCGUCUCAGAAGGCCAAUGCCUUCCUUCACAACCCCGUCUCAGAAGGCCAAUGCCUUCCUUCACAACCCCGUCUCAGAAGGCCAAUGCCUUCCUUCACAACCCCGUCUCAGAAGGCCACAUGCCUUCCUUCACAACCCCGUCUCAGAAGGCCAAUGCCUUCCUUCACACACCCCGUCUCAGAAGGCCAAUGCCUUCCUUCACAACCCCGUCUAGAAGGCCAAUGCCUUCCUUCACAACCCGUCUCAGAAGGCCAAUGCCUUCCUUCACCACACCGUCUCAGAGGCCAAUGCCUUCCUUCACCCACACCGUCUCAGAAGGCCAAUGCCCUUCCUUCACCAACCCCGUCUCAGAAGGCCAAUGCCUUCCUUCACAACCCGUCUCAGAAGGCCAAUGCCUUCCUUCACAACCCCGUCUCAGAAGGCCCAAUGCUUCCUUCACAACCCCGUCUCAGAAGGCCAAUGCCUUCCUUCACAACCCCGUCUCAGAAGGCCAAUGCCUUCCUUAACCCACCGUACUCAGAAGGCCAUGCCUUCCUUCACCACACCGUCUCAGAAGGCCAAUGCCUUCCUUCACCAACCCCGUCUCAGAAGGCCAAUGCCUUCCUUCACCAACCCCGUCUCAGAAGGCCAAUGCCUUCCUUCACCAACCCCGUCUCAGAGGCCAAUGCCUUCCUUCACCAACCCCGUCUCAGAAGGCCAAUGCCUUCCUUCACCAACCCCGUCUCAGAAGGCCAUGCCUUCCUUCACCAACCCCGUCUCAGAAGGCCAAUGCCUUCCUUCACCAACCCCGUCUCAGAAGGCCAAUGCCUUCCUUCCACCAACCCCGUCUCAGAAGGCCAAUGCCUUCCUUCACCACCCCGUCUCAGAAGGCCAAUGCCUUCCUUCCACCACCCCGUCUCAGAAGGCCAAUGCCUUCCUUCACCACCCCGUCUCAGAAGGCCAAUGCCUUCCUUCACCAACCCCGUCUCAGAAGGCCAAUGCCUUCCUUCACCAACCCCGUCUCAGAAGGCCAAUGCCUUCCUUCACCAACCCCCCUCUCAGAAGGCCAAUGCCUUCCUUCACCACCCCCGUCUCAGAAGGCCAAUGCCUUCCUUCACCACCCCGUCUCAGAAGGCCAAUGCCUUCCUUCACCAACCCCGUCUCAGAAGGCCAAUGCCUUCCUUCACCACCCCGUCUCAGAAGGCCAAUGCCUUCCUUCACCACCCCGUCUCAGAAGGCCAAUGCCUUCCUUCACCACCCCGUCUCAGAAGGCCAAUGCCUUCCUUCACCACACCGUCUCAGAAGGCCAAUGCCUUCCUUCACCAACCCCCGUCUCAGAAGGCCAAUGCCUUCCUUCACCAACCCGUCUCAGAAGGCCAAUGCCUUCCUUCACCACCCCGUCUCAGAAGGCCAAUGCCUUCCUUCACCAACCCCGUCUCAGAAGGCCAAUGCCUUCCUUCACCACCCCCGUCUCAGAAGGCCAAUGCCUUCCUUCACCACCCCGUCUCAGAAGGCCAAUGCCUUCCUUCACCAACCCCGUCUCACAAGGCCAAUGCCUUCCUUCACAACCCCGUCUCAGAAGGCCAAUGCUUCCUUCACCAACCCGUCUCAGAAGGCCAAUUCCUUCCUUCACAACCCCGUCUCAGAAGGCCAAUGCCUUCCUUCACAACCCCGUCUCAGAAGGCCAAUGCCUUCCUUCACCAACCCCGUCUCAGAAGGCCAAUGCCUUCCUUCACCAACCCCGUCUCAGAAGGCCAAUGCCUUCCUUCACCACCCCGUCUCAGAAGGCCAAUGCCUUCCUUCACCACACCCGUCUCAGAAGGCCAAUGCCUUCCUUCACCAACCCCGUCUCAGAAGGCCAAUGCCUUCCUUCACCAACCCCGUCUCAGAAGGCCAAUGCCUUCCUCACCACCCCGUCUCAGAAGGCCAAUGCCUUCCUUCACCAACCCCGUCUCAGAAGGCCAAUGCCUUCCUUCACAACCCCGUCUCAGAAGGCCAAUGCCUUCCUUCACAACCCCGUCUCAAGGCCAAUGCCUUCCUUCACCAACCCCGUCUCAGAAGGCCAAUGCCUUCCUUCACCAACCCCGUCUCAGAAGGCCAAUGCCUUCCUUCACCACCCCGUCUCGAAGGCCAUGCCUUCCUUCACCAACCCCGUCUCAGAAGGCCAAUGCCUUCCUUCACACCAACCCGUCUCAGAAGGCCAAUGCCUUCCUUCACAACCCCGUCUCAGAAGGCCAAUGCCUUCCUUCACAACCCGUCUCAGAAGGCCAAUGCCUUCCUUCAACCAACCCCGUCUCAGAAGGCCAAUGCCUUCCUUCACAACCCCGUCUCAGAAGGCCAAUGCCUUCCUCACCAACCCCGUCUCAGAAGGCCAAUGCCUUCCUUCACCACCCCGUCUCAGAAGGCCAAUGCCUUCCUUCACCAACCCCGUCUCAGAAGGCCAAUGCCUUCCUUCACCAACCCCGUCUCAGAAGGCCAAUGCCUUCCUUCACCAACCCCGUCUCAGAAGGCCAAUGCCUUCCUUCACCAACCCCGUCUCAGAAGGCCAAUGCCUUCCUUCACAACCCCGUCUCAGAAGGCCAAUGCCUUCCUUCACAACCCCGUCUCAGAAGGCCAAUGCCUUCCUUCACCCACACCCAGUCUCAGAAGGCCAAUGCCUUCCUUCACCACCCCGUCUCAGAAGGCCAAUGCCUUCCUUCACAACCCCGUCUCAGAAGGCCAAUGCCUUCCUUCAACCACCACCCCGUCUCAGAAGGCCAAUGCCUUCCUUCACCACCCCGUCUCAGAAGGCCAAUGCCUUCCUUCACACCACCCCGUCUCAGAAGGCCAAUGCCUUCCUUCACCACCCCGUCUCAGAAGGCCAAUGCCUUCCUUCACCACCCCGUCUCAGAAGGCCAAUGCCUUCCUUCACCACCCCGUCUCAGAAGGCCAAUGCCUUCCUUCACCACCCCGUCUCAGAAGCCAAUGCCUUCCUUCACCACCCCGUCUCAGAAGGCCAAUGCCUUCCUUCACCCACCGUCUCAGAAGGCCAAUGCCUUCGGAGCCUUCCUUCCAGAAGCCUUCCAACCCCGUCUCAGAAGGCCAAUGCCUUCCUUCACAACCCCGUCUCAGGAUCUUCAGAAUGCUGUGAAAUAAAUCAAUAAAGGGUGUUUUCCUGUUUUUGUUCUCUAAAGUGAUAAAUUCAGCCCGUUGUUUUUCCUAAUGCUACCUGUUCUGUUACCUUGUGUCGACAGUUAUCAGUGAAGAACUGUUUCAUUCGAGGCUCCGUGGUGCGAUACGUCCAGCUUCCUGCAGAUGAGGUUGACACUCAGCUGCUACAGGAUGCUGCGCGCAAGGAGGCUCUGCAACAGAAGCAG